AUGAGUUUUAACUUCACGGAUACUGUCCGUGCGCAGAAUUUGAGCGAUGCGACGUGGUCUAUGGUAACAGUAGGUCAGCCAAGACUUCCUCAAAUCAAAUUUUCGCCUAUAGCUACCGACAGGUUCAGUCCAAAUGACUAUGUCAGAAUUCGAGCAUAUGUGACCGUGCAGCAGGGAUGGCUCAACACGACAUGGGAAGUUAUCCGGACGCCGGAUACCAGUAAGAAAACUUUUACUAACAGAAGUAAAACCAAAGUAAGCUUACUUUCAUGCUUCUUCGAACUCUCGUCAUUUCUGCCAAACCCAAACUCAACUUUUACCCAAACGCAACUGUCGCAAUCAAACCAAGUUGUCGUUUCGUUGACUAUACCACCCGCUAAUCCAAUGCUAUAUCCUACGUGGACUGGUCUACUAGCUGGGAUGCAGUACAAUAUUAGACUGACAGCUUACUCAAGAGACGGAAGCUCGUUUGCUGAUGUGCGGAUAAAUGUGGAUGCCCCACCAAGUGUUGGAACAGUUGAG